AUGGGAGCUGGUGAUGACUCGUCGUUCUUCCUCUAUGGGAUGGGCGAAAAACCCGAGGCCCUGACUCUAGGGUCCUUGGUGCUAGAAAAGUAUUGGAAGCCGAUGGUUGCUCGACAUUACACUCACGAGUUGCUCGGCGACGAUGCUCUGCGCGAACACGCUUUCUCCACAAAUAUCAAGGACGCAGUUCUCCAUGGCUCUUCUCGUCUAGCACCCACUGUCGGUCUUGAGGGUGGAGAUAUUGUCAAUCUCAACCUUGCCUACAACAAGGAUCUAGAGCGCGUUGUGGUUGCCGAAAAAGGCACCCGAGUUAUACUCAAAGAGUACUCCGUCUACACUGCACUUAAGUGUUCCUGCUCUGACGACGCUUUUUACAGUCCCGAAUCUUUUCUCACCACGAAUGUUUUGAGUAAUCCUCUCGCACAAAAAAAACUCAAAUUGUGGCUUUCUGCCGCCCACAGCGCCUAUGUUCUGAACUUCAAGUUCGCACGCCGGCCAAAAGUUUGGAUGCUGACUGGACUCUACGUAUUAGAGGAAGCCCGUACAGUGGUCUCCCGCGGUAAAUCGGUCGGAAUUUCUACCGGCGUGUCAUCCUCCAUAGUGGGUGCCCUGUCCGGUGUACCAGUGGGAGGAUUCGUGAAGCUAGGGGUCGAGUCCUCAUGGCAGAUGGCCAUGCAGGUAUCCGAGCCACAUGUCUGGGCUGCUCAGUUUCGCUUGCUGGAUGCACAAUUCAUCAAAAUGGGCAGGGAUGGUGUUGAUAAUGUCAAGCUUCCCGCGUCAAUGGGUCUCUAUCGUGAUGUCAUGUCCGUGAAUACCGCUCGAGGGAAAAGCAGCCAAUCUAUUGGACUGGGAUUGAAAACUGAGAGUCGGCCGGAACAAAUGGAAGAAAGCGCCGAAGAAGACGAUCAGGAUAGUCCUGAGUUGGAAGAGUAUGAGAAAAGGCUGGAGCAGGCUAUCAAGGUUUUUGAGAGCGCUCCAAAGCAUUUCCUGCAGUGA